CCCAGGCUUCCCCCUCCUUUCUCUCUCUCACCGUUUUAUUUUUAACCAUUUCCAUUAUUAUUAUUAUACUAAUGUUGUACAUUGUUUAAAAUGUCAAGUACUUUAGUAUCACUGAGGUAAAACGCUUAAAUGUUAAAGAAAGAGUUGGGGGAGGAAAGAUUUGGAAGGUUUUCAUACAUUAGAAUGCUGCUAAACGAAAAGGGAGAAUGUUUGUUCAUCUUAUCUAUCAAGAAAAGGGCAAGGAAAUGUGGGUUUAAGUAGGUGAGUUUAAAUCAGCAUUAGAAAAAAAAACACUGGCAGCAGAUGGCUAUGCCUCUCGUUUGGUGUGUGGUAUGUGUAUUUCUGCUGCUCAUGACUGGUAAAGAGUGAAGAAUAGGAGAUCAGAUGCAAAAGGAAGACUAAGAAGUCAGGAUGCAAGAGGUAAAGAUUUGAGGUGUGGGUGAAUUUUUAACUACUUGAUAUUCAUACAUAAGGCCAAAGACUGUCUCCAAGAGCUGAUGGAGAGUAGAGCAUACUCCUCACAGUAGUUUACCCCACACUGAGUUACAUCUACAGCGCCCAGAAUUCUUUGAGGGGGAAAUGUGCUUUGACUGUGAUUUAAAGGUGUGGUGUGUACACAGCCUAAGUUCCCAGCAAGGGAAAAGCUGCCAUUGCUGCUAAAAUAAUGGAAAAAUCAAUGUGGAAUUUUGCAGCUCAUAAGGCAACACUCAAGAUUACAGGAUGUAUCUAACGGAGGAGCGAAAUUUCCAUUUUUAUAUUUGGCCUAGCAUCAAUAUGCCUAAGGCCACUCCUGUUUCCUGUCUGGGAUGCUACGGUUGCCAGGCAACCAUAGGCCUUGCUCCCUAACCCUUUUCUUGUGGCAAAAGUAGUGGACCAGUGGGGAGCAAGUGGGGAGAAGGGAGUUGGAGUCAUCCAGAGUACCUCACUGGUUCGUGCUGGCCCUGUUCAGAAACAACUGGCGGGAUCUGAGUCAAGCAUUUCUGUCCUAUUAUAGAGUCUAAACAUACCAUGCACCCAUCCUGCUGUACAAAAUCUCCCAUCAUUAGAGUGUCAUUUCUGAGGAAAUGGGGACAUUGAGUAGAAACCAUCCCUCCCAUACAGAUCGGAAUUGAUUUUUUGCAGGGUUAACCUGACCUCAGCCAACCCCCUUAAUUUCAUCCCAUAGACUUCUUUAUGGUUCAACCCCUUAUUUAAUAACCUUCCAUUCAUGUGCAGGGCUUAAUUUGCACCAAGGCUUGCCAAGGCUCAGGCCUGGAACAUGUGAAGUAAGGACAAAAAUGAGGGAACACUUGAGCCAGGGCAGAAUGCAUUUAUCUUUUCACUAAGGCUCAGUACACACUAUACUGGAGCUUUCCAAACUUUCCAUGACGGUCACACACUUUUUAGACAUGCAUCAUUUCGCGGCACAGUAAUUCAGUUUUACUAGCAAGCCGGAGGUUAAACUAACCCCUUAUAAGAGCAUUUGUGUGACACACCUACACACUGCAGCCGACACACAUAAUGUGUCAUAAGACACAGUUUGGAAAGCUUUGCACUGACUAUACCUCCAAAGCCCAUUAUCUCCCUCAAUUAAUUCUGGGCACUGUGAUUUGUUAAAAGUUGCUGAGAAUUUUACCACAGUGCCCAAGAUUCUCUACAGGAAAGAAUGAGCAUCAGAUAUUCUUCAGAGGUAGAGUGUGUAUAUAGCCCAAGUGAAUACAAAGCAUCCCAGAUCCCAUAGAUUAGAGGGGAAUACUUCCAGAUUAGAGGGAAGCAUUUCUAGACACACUUAGUCAUCUUUUUCUAGAAUAUAAAGUGUUUGUGAAGCCUUACAAACAGCCACAGACAGCAUUUAUCACAAACAUUGAACUCACCCAUGUCCCUACAAUCGGGCUAGGCAUCCCCUCAGGAUCUGAGGGGAGCCACGUAAAAGUGGCCUGUCCCCUCAGUUAUUUGAGCCGCCACCUGAAGCUAGCUGGUACCUGGGCAUAGGGCUUGCCACCCAUGUUUACAUGGUUGCCAAGCAACUAUUAUAUGCGGAAAGCAUGGAUUGUUAGAUCAGGGACAAGAUGUCUGCCUGAUGCUCAAUGUGACAUUUCAGCCCAUUCUCUGCUCUUGAGAAAGAACUUGUAUUAUUAAAAUAUGGUGAUUAGUACUCAGACAGUGUUUGGGGUAGUCAGAAGGACAGGUAGAUAGGGUUGCCAACUGCUCUUGAGACAAAAUAAAUAAAUAAAAACCCUUGCCUGGCUUGUUCCAGUACCUUUGAAAGGGGUUUACUUAAUAGGAAUCAAAUACCAAUAGGUGACGUGUGUUAACCAAUCACUUAAAUAAAUAGUCACAACUUUAAAAUGGCACUUUGGCUUGGCACUGAGAUUUGAUCUUCAGCAGACAUUGUCAUACAACUUAUAUUCAAACUUAUUUCUAUAAUCAUGAGGGAUAAAACAUUUGCUAGGUUCUGAUCUAUCAUCUAUCUAUCUAUAUCUAUCUAUCUAUCUAUCUAUCUAUCUAUCUAUCCAUCCAUCUAUCUAUCUCUAUCUAUCUGUCUCUCUCUCUCUCUCUCUCUCUCUCUCUCUCUCUCUCUAACUAUCUCCAUACUGCUGUGUGCCAUAGUGGAACAUAUGUUCUUUGAGAUGGACUAGGAUUACGAUACAGUUACGUGUGCCACUAAAAUACAUCCUCGUGAAUGUCUGCAGAACCGUAGCCGUAGAACGGCAUCUUGUCACACAGCCAUACUCAUUGGAUCUGCCUUAAGAGUGUGAAUUUAGGACCAAAUAAGCAUUUUAUAUGGUCAAGAUCAGGCUUCCUCAACCUCGGCCCUCCAGAUGUUUUUGGCCUACCAACACCCAUGAUCCCUAGCUAGCAGGACCAGUGGUCAGGGAUGAUGGGAAUCGUAGUCUCAGAACAUCUGGAGGGCUGAGGUUGAGGUAGUCUGGUCAAGAUCCUUACCCACCACAGCCAUUGUUGUAGAGAAGAUGAAUGGAUUUAUGAAAUAAUAACUUUAAAUAUUAAAGUUAUGGCUUUUAUGCCAGGUUGAACAUCAACCUUUUUAAGUGCCCAGAAAAAACUACGUGUUUUUGUAGAAGAUUUUGUAAAAAAGGUGCUGGAAGGCAAGGUGCUUAAGAACAUCCACUAAAUAGGAGACCAGUUGCUUUCAGGCAACUUCAUUGCUUGUUAAUAGAUUAAAGGCUUCUUGUGUGUCACUACAGAGGCAAAAAAAUAAUAAUAAAAAAUCCACUUCCUUCAGAUAUAUACUUGAAGACAGUGCUUGACAAUAGCCCUAAGCUCUGUGCUGUGAAGGAGAGAAACUAGAGACUGUAACAGUGAGGUUAGCUGUCAUAGAUGGCUAUGAAGGAAAAUGUCCUUCUUUAAUGAAAUGUUACCUUUUUGCACAGAAGCCCACUGAAAAUAUCAAAUCUCAUUUUCUGAGCCCCAGAGAUCCAGCCAGCAAUCAGCACAAAACUGAAUCUCCACAGCCACUUCUGAAGCAGGGAACAUUCUGUGUAAUAGCAGAAAAUAACACAACAAACUGGUGCCAAAUCUUGCUGAAAUUGUACAGUGCCAGAGCAACUCAUUAUUUCUUAACGUGUAUGGAAAUGUCUUCAAUAGGAGCCAAUGAAGCUUUGUAAGAAUAGCAUGGAGUUUUGUCAUAGUCUGUGGGAUGGUGAUAAAAUAAUUUAAUAGAAUAAUUUAAUAGAAUUUUUUGUUGCGCAGAUGGCCAAAGGGAAGAAUCCCACAAAGAAAGGGCAAGAGAACAACAAAGCAGGUAUGCAGCAUUUAGUGCCUACACUGGUUGGUUGGUUGGUUGGUUGGCAUCCGUCUGUAUCGGGAGACUAUGGAGGAGUGUGCCUUGGAGGGUGAGGUAUGCACUGAUAAAAGCAUGAAAUCCAUUAUCUGGCAUAGAUUUUGACUUAUUGAGAAUCUACUUUCGAAGUCAUUUUAAAAAUGCAAUUAUAAAAAUACAUUUUCAUAUUUCACGGUGGCAAAGGAAGGCUUAAUUAUUUGCAAGUCAGAAGCCAGAGGGGGGCUCUCCAAGCACAAUUAUACUUGGUAAGGGGAUAUGCUUGUGUUAUGCAUGGAUCUGUAUCUUUCACCAUGAUUCUUAGGCCCUAUUCCAACUGUGCCUCAAUAUACUCUCAAACUCUGUUUCUUUCAGUAUGUGUUUCUUUCAGUAUGUGUAUUAUUUGCUGGCAUGUACAUAAUUUGCACCUGUCCUGAAAUAUAUUUAGCAGAUGAUUAACAGAAUAUUUCACACACACACAAAACACACACGUUUGUUUUUGUUAAAUAAUUUUUAUUAAUUCUCAGUUUCAAAAAUCCAAUAUGGAGUGUGUGUGUGUGUGUGUGUGUGUGUGUGUGUUAAAGUGGAUGUAAGAAGCUUUGGGGUUCUGCAGAUCAUGCUAUUUGGGAACGAGAUUUGUAUAGCAUACUAAAAACGAUAUUUAGUCUUAUGGUAGAUAAAUUUUAAAGUAAGUUUUUUUCUGGAUAUUGUGGAAAUGUAUUCUUGAAGGUAAGGCAGUCUAAUGGACUCACAGGAUCAGUAUGCACAGCAUAGCAACUGUGGUCUAAAGUGAGCAAUGGUAGCAUCAAUUUCCUAUAUUAUUUAGUAUCUCUUCUGAGAGGUACUUUUGAGCCUACCUCCUUUUUAACUCUACCAAACCCAGCAGGGAGCAGGAAGAGCCCAGAGUUGAACAUAAAACUGAUCUUUUUUCACAUGAGUGUCUUAACUCAGCUCAGCUCAAAAUAUAAUUGGGAUGUUAAAAAAAACAACCCUGUGGCGGGAAUGUACAUUCUCUUUCUCUUUCAUGUUGUAUCCUUCUACUUUAACAAUAUUGGCAUUCACAUGUAAAAGCUGAAACAGAGCAUACCAUCUCUUCAGUUUGCACAGGUUGGCAUUAUGGUGUACCAUCAUACUCAAGAAAUAACUGUAUUGAAAAAAGAAAGGAAAAAUAAAAGAAAUUACUGUAUCUAGUAAUAGUAACACCAACUUUUCAUUUUUUGGGGGGGUGGGAUCAUUACAAAGGAAAAAAAACAGAUAAAUAUUAUUACUCCCUUUUCAACUCUUUAGCAGGAUAUUGAAACAAUGAAUAGUUAAUAAGUCAUUACAUCUGCAUAACCAACGCUGAUAAACUUUCCCUUGGAGAAUAUGUAGCUCAUGGAUUAUUUACCCAGUUGUUGUGAUGGGAAAAUUUAGCUCCCUCUAAUUUCCUCACUAAGUGAAAUUCCCAUGGCGUUUAUAUAUUACAAACAUUGGUUUUGCUUGCAUAUUUGCAUGCCCUUCUGACAGCAGGAAGAAACCUGAAAGUCUUACCACCCCAAGGCUAAAGUAAAUCAUUGAUUGCAUAAAUUACAAGCCUACAAUGGGUAAAGCUUUCACUUUACUCUCUGUAAAGUCAGUAUGAAUCCUACAAUUCUUGUGCCCAGUACGGUAGAGAUAGUGACCAAAGUUCUUCAAGCUGCAAUCCAAAAUACAGGUAACUAAGUGCUACUGAAAUCCGUGGGAGCGAAGUUCUAGGGAAAACUUGAACAAGAUCAGACUCAGGCCCGGCUCACCCAUGAGGCAAGCUGAGGCAACUGCCUCAGGCGGCCGGAUCCAUGGGGACAGCAGAUCUGACCUCCAAUAUAUGCAUUGCCUGCUGCUACUGCAGUAGUGGCAAUGGCUUUGGCACACUCCUUGGAGGCUGGAUCUGUCUCUUUCUCAGCACCCCCCACCAAUGCCGCCUCUACAGCAAUGUCUUGGUCUCCCUCCCACUCCCAGGGAGUAAAUGGUGGGGGCUGCCCUCUGGGGUCUUCUGGGCUCUGCGGCCACCCAGCUUGAUUCUGACCUGGCUCCUUCCCCCCAACCACCCUCAAUGACCUUUGAUUCCCAUUUCAGCUGUUGGGUAAGGUUACUUUGAUUCCCCUCCACCUUGUUCCUGGUGUAGAUCUUCACUCACCCCCUCUUCCCUGGCCAGUGGAUGUGAGCGCCAUGUUGUGGUUUGCCUCAAGUGCCAAAAGGUCUUGGGCCAGCGCAGAUCAGGCUGUAUGCAAAAGAACAAAAAACUUAUCAAAACUUAAGACACCACACUGCAUCACUUCAAGAUUGAUUUGGAAUUUGUAUUUUACACUUCACUAAGAGAAAAAAAUGCCAUUUGCCUACAGGCAAAUCAAUGGAGCACAAGAAUGCUGGAUAUGGAUUGAGUGAAGGUCCAUCAGGCAAUUUAACUAGACUGAACUUUGCCCCUCUCCAGUAUGGCAUGGAAAAAUAUGCUAUAGCUUCUUCUGCCUUUAUAUUUUUUAAAGGAAGCCAGUUUGCACAACCUGUUUUGAGGGAAUGUUUCAGACUUCUAUCCUUUGAACUGUUGGAAUGAGAUUUCCUACCUCGAUUUUGUUCUUUAUGGGAUAAGCAGAGGUUAGUAAAUGGGGAGACUGCAAGCAUAUCCCCCCCACACUUUUACCCAGUGAGAAGCAAGCUCAAAGCCACGUCUUAAUUUUUGGAAUAUCAGGGGCUGCCUGCCAAAACUCACUUUAUUUCACACACCUUUGUUCUGCCCUUUGUCGGGGCUUACUGCAAAGCGCUUUGUGUAACAUAAAGGAAAAAAGAAUGGGAAUCCUGAAUCACAGGGGCUAGGAUUAAUGGAAUGGCUCAUUAGGAACCUAACAAUGUCAUCCUAUCCCCAAUUUAUGCUUGCUGGGUAAAGUAGGAUUGCUCCCAAAUCCCCAUUCACACUGGCAAUCAAAAAGGACACUUUUUGCAACAACUCUUCUGUCUGCGGGACUGACAGUGCCAGGGGGGAUAUGGGUCGAAUGAAGGGCAUGUUGAUGGAGGAGCAGGAAUCAGGAUCCUAUGCUUGGGUCAUAUCUGCUCACACCCAGUUUGAAUAAUAUCAUGUCUGUAUCUCUUUGGAUUAGCCACUUUUUGUCUCCUGAAUCAGACGUUUCUGUCCUUUGAGAGGAGCACCUUGUUCUGCCCCCAUUUCUUUAAUGACCACACAAGUGUCAGCUUUUUGGGGUGGCUUUGCAUAAAAAUUAUGUGGACCGCCUAGUUACACUACAGACUUUCAUUUGUGUUUUAGCAGUUUAACUGUCAUGGCUCCACACCCCCCCCCCAAAAAAUAUUGGAAAUUGGUGAGGUGUUAAAAAGUCUGUUAGAAAUUUCCUAGCCUCUCCCUCAAUUCCAAGGAUUGUAAGUAGAGAGAAUGAAUAUUAAACCAGCUUUGAAGCAACCUAAUAGGUUUCAGCUCUUUCUCUCUGACUUUCAGGCUGUAAGCUUACAUACCCCAACCUGAGACUCAAAUACACCACUGGAUUCAAAGGAAAGGUACUUUUACUUCUGAAUAGACAUGCAUGACCACCCGGACAUUAUUAUUGUUAUUAUCGUUAUCAUCAUUAUUAUUCUUCACAUGAACUUUUAAGAGACUGUUCAGAGCUAGGCAACGGGCAAAUGUAACUUUUGAUUUACAUUUAUAUGCAUUGACUUAACAAUUGUGAUUUUUGUUCCCUCGUGACUUGGCUACCAUUUCUUUACACAGAAAAAACGGGAUUGCUGAGGUCUUAAUAUUCGGAGUAAUGGGGUUUCCAGAUUGUUCUUUCAGGGGAUGAAGAGUCCUGAGAUCUCUUGAAACAGCAACUGAAUGUUGUGAGGGGUUUAGAUCUUCCCGAGUGGAAUUUCUCUUGAGGAGGAAUCCGAUUUAUUUUUUAAACAAAGCAGUUUCAAAUAAUAAUGAUGAUAUGUCGGUACAUGUAACCCAAGUCUGUGGUGCUUCAAUCUUCCCGGGGCUCUGAAAAGACGGUGAGAUUAGGAAAAACAAGAUUGCCCGCUCCCAAAUGGGGAGUUCCGGCUGUGAAGGGAAGGUGGAAACGAGGUGAGGACGUUUCUUGUGAGGGAGGCGAUAACGUUAAUUCGGUCAAGGAACUACAAUACUUAUUUUUAUUGAGGCGCUGCCUCUCUGUGGGGGGGGGGAGGUGGGGGGGAAGAGACUUGUGCGGGCCGUGUGCGAUAUGCUUUGCGCGUGGACCACCAUUAAAACUUUAUAUAUAUAGCGAGGAUCCCUCGCUGCGUGAGGGAGAACCGUGAGGGAGCCUCUCGAGGCGCUUCGCCUGAGGAAGAGCGUCAGGCGCCUCUCGCGCGCUGCGGAACAACUUCCCCGCGCCCACUAAGCCAGGCAAGGCGGAAGAAAGCAAGGUCUGCUGAAAGAAAGGAGGAGGAGGCACGUUAACUUUACAGUUUAAACAAAUGCCUGCACGUCAGCUCCACACACCCAGGGACAUUUCUCAAAGGGGAGGAGGAGCUGCAUCAGCAGCCCAACCCCAAGAGGGGAGACAUGCUCUCGCCUCAAGUCUCUCUUGGUUUUACAUUGGCAAGGGAAGGGAUGCGGCAGGUUGCAAAUCAUGCAGAGGCAGCAAUACCUCAAGCGCCUUUCAGGCACGAGUGACUUUGUAACAGUAGCCGGGGGUGUGGUGUAUGAACCGUUCAGGGCGUCAAAAAUAAAAAUAAAAACGUCAAAGCGACGCCCAUGGGACCUGCCACAAAAUGGUGCAGCGUGGUGGAGCCGCCUUGCAGAAUCUUGAAUUUGGUUUUCUGCCCAACCGACAGCAGCGCCCUGUGGCCAUCUAAGCAUCGAUGCAUUACCGUAUUUUAAUGUUUUGUUGGAAGCCGCCCAGAGUGGCUGGGGAAGCCCAGCCAGAUGGGCGGGGUAUAAAUAAUAAUAAUAAUUAAUAUUAUCAUUUUUUUGCGAGGGGUAUUUUGCCCCUUAGUUUUUCCUUGUGGGGGUAUUUUCCAAAGAUGCUGAUGCAUGGGCAUAGCCAGAAUUUUUGUUUGGGAGGGCAGGCCUUUUGUUAGGGGAGGUGCAGAACCUCAGCUAUGUCAUUUUAUUGAUUUGUAUUGAUUUAGGUGGGGCAACUGCCCCUGCCCCCCCCCCCCGGCUACGCCCAUGUUCUCAUGUCGUCUUUCCCCCCAAGCAUGCCGCUAUCAAUUUCCUCUCCUUUUGUCGGCACUGUUUUGCCAGGGACACAAUUUGCUAUUGUAAUAGGAGGGCACAUGGGUCAUAACUGAGCCCUGAUUUUUCUGUGUGCAUGCUAAGCAUGUCAGCUUCCACACAUUUUUUCAAAAGGCAUGUUUUUCAAAUCCAAAUUUCUUUUUUCUUUUUCAAAUAUACGUUUCUAUUCCAGGGCUUUUGAUCUACCCCAGUUGGAGGAACUUGACACACCAUAUAUUUAAAGCACAUCCCUGCCCACAAGAAUCCUGGGAACAGGAGUUUAAGGUGCUUGGAACUGUAGCUCUGUGAGGGGUAAUCUGUAGUGUUUCAUAUGUAUUGUGUAUACAGUCAUACCUCAUGCUACUUUUGCUUAAUGAUACGUUUUUUCAGGUUGCGUCCCGCGGUGACCGGGAAGUACUGGAAAGGGUUACUUCCGGGUUUCACUGCUUGCGCAUGCACAGACGUGCAAAAUGAUGCCACACGCAUGCGCAGAAGCAGCGAAUCGCAACCUGUGUGUGCACAGACGGGCCGCUGCGGGUUGUGUUGUAUUCAUGUUGCGAACGGGCCUCCGGAACGGAUCCCGUUCGCAAGCAGAGGUACCACUGCAAAUGUGUUUUAUAUGUAUCGUGAACUUGGGCAUUGUUUGUUGUUUUGUACCUGCCCUCAAUCACUUUUCCACCCUCCAUUACCCUUCUUGGUAGUGGCGCCCUCCCUCUGGAAUGCCCUCCCUUCAGAUGUCAAGGAAAUAAAAAACUUGUCAAGGAAAUAAAAAACUAUCUGACCUUUAGAAGACAUCUGAAUGCAGCCCUGUUUAGGGAAGUUUUUAAGGGACUGAUGUUUUUGUUAUGUUUUUAGAUAUGUUGUAAGCCACCCAGAGCGGCUGGGGAAACUCAGCCAGAUGGGCGGAGUAUAAAUGUAGCAACAACAACAACAACAACAACAGCAUUUUAAAAAAAAGAAGCCAGGAAAUGAGUAAAAGCAUUACCAAUUUCUAUUUGUUAGGAAAAGUUGAUACUGAGGUCUCUCACAAGAAUAGUAUUUGACUUGCAUAAGGUUUGUGCAAGAGUAAUUAAGAGGCCUUCCACAAGAGCUCUUUUAUUAUUUUUUAAAACAACAGCAGCAGAAAUCCUGAUAUAUGGAUUGUGAUUACAGUUUCCUUGGUAACCCCACACAUUUAUUGUGUGGUGAUCAUGAGAGAAUUGCUCUUCCAAAUUGAGGGUGCCUUCAACAUGUAGAAAUCGGUGGAAAUAGAUGUCUUUCAUUUGGUUUUGGGGACCUCCAGAAAUAAAAUGGCUGUAGGUUGUGCUCAGCUGAAGAACAAAGAGAAUCAGAUAUGGUGACAGAGGCCACUCAUCAAAAUGUCACACCGUACAUGUGACAAACUGCCCUCCAAAAAAACCCCAAAAGAAAAACCACAAUUGCCAAUGUAUAAUGGGCUAUUUUUACAUAUUGGAUUUUCUGUGGGAAGUGAAAAAUCUAGUUUACAUGUAAACAAACAUCUAUGGGCUGGCAUUCUGAUGAAGGUGACUUCAUCUUGAAGCACUCUGUAUUUCACUCCUGUUGAUUUUUAAUGCUGAGUGGCACUAGAAUCUUGACAAUAACAACAAAGCCAAAGCAAUAUAUUUGCCUGGGUAGUAUCCAUUUUUGAAGCAAGGUGGUCAGCAAUUUACUUGGAGAUUGUGUCUUGUUUUAGGGUAGUUUCUUCCACUGCCUAGCUUUCAUGGCAGUCGUGGGGGAAACAGUUGUUAAAAUUGAUGCCUUGAUGAAACAGUGUAUGAGAAGAAUAAUGUACCACACUGCAACAUUCACAUAUUUCUCUUUAUGUUUUAACAGGCAAGCCUGGGAAAUGAAUCCAAAUCUCUGGAAUGUCAAAGAGAUGUUUAGCACUCCUAUAAAGAUGGGGUAAGCAGGUUAUUGCUGCCAUUGUUAUAGUAGCAUUCUUGUGUCAUUAUCGUUGACAGUGCAUAAAUUCCAACCAUGGGUUCCAAUUCUGGUUUGGACGCUAUAACUAACCCUAACUAUAGUUUGGGCCUGUAAAGCCUUAAACGGCUAAGGACUGCAAUACAUCAAGGAGCUCCUCUCUCCUCUCUCUAUAUGAAACUACCUGGAUAAUCAUCUGAGGCCCCCUUCUUCAUGUGUCUCCUCCCAUGAGAGGUCUGCAGGGUGGCAACACAAGAACAGGCCUUUUUUGCAGUGGCUCCUCAUUUGUGGAAUGCUCUCCCCAGGAAAGUCUGGCGCCUUCAUUAUGCUCCUUCCUCAUCAACCAGGCCUUUGGUUGAUUAACAUGUUAUAACCCUAUUAAAUGUGUUUGGGGGGUUAUGGGUUUGUUAUUAUUGUUUUUAUCAGGUAUGUUGUGCUUUUAUAUUGUAUUUUUAUGUUGUGAACCGCCCUGAGAUCUGCAGAUGGGUGGUAUACAAAUUGUAAUAAUAAUAAUAAUAAUAAUGUCAGUGGCAUGCUGGGGAUCAUAGAGUUGGAAGGGACCCCAGAGUCAUCUAGUCCAGUCCCUUGCAAUGCAGGAAUCUCAACUAAAGCAUCUAUGACAGAUGGCCAUCUAACCUCUGCUUGAAAACCUUCAAAUGAAUGAGAGUCCACAACCUCCCAAUGGAGUCUGUCCCGCUUUUGAACAGCUAUAAUACUACUACUACUACUACUACUACUAAUAAUAAUUUUAUUAUUUAUAUGCCACCUGACUGAGUUCUUCCUGAUGUUUAGUCGGAAUCUCCUUUCUUGUAACUUGAAGCCAUUGGGUUGAGUCCUACUCUCUAGAGCAGGAGAAAACAAGAUAAAGAAAUCUCCACAUAGAAAAGCUCCUGCUGGGUCUUCGAGUAUGGUUUUUGAACAUUACACUGCUCAGAGCACUUAUUUGUGCGUAUCAGAGCUAUUUCAUAAUGUGCAGAUUAGCUCUUAGUGAUCUGGACAGCCUAGUGUCCUUGCUUUUAGAGAAAUAAGGAAUUGCUGCCUCUGUGAAUUGGCUCGAAAAGCAUUUCAUUAGUCUAAAUUAGAAUUUACAAUGCGAUGCAUGAUUAUGCAAUCUGAAGCCCACGACCUUGUGAUUUUUAAAAAAAGGGCAUCUUUAGAAGUAGGGCAGACUGCAUUUAUAUGGUUGAUAUGAGUAGUAUUUAAGGUGACAUGCAAAUACAUCCAUCAAAUGGAAGGUGAUGUAUAACUUGUUACUUUUUCUGAAAAUGUCUGAUCUCAUAUCAUACUACAAGAACACAGACAUGGUAAUAUAUUUUAAUUUUACUUGAGGGGGAAUAUUAAAAUGUGUGGAAGAUACUGUUUUACCGCCAGAUUAAAUUAUUCUAGGCUUUGCGAGCAUUUUAUCUCUGUAAUUUCCCUUGUGCUGUUUACAGUACAAAGCUUAUUAUGUGAAAGGGCCUCUCUAGUCAUGAUGAAGACAGUGCUGAAAUGAAUCAUGAUGCUCAGAACACAAUUUACUCAUUAUACAACCGUGGAGCUUAUUCUACUGCAUUUAUGAGCUUGCUUAUAAGUAUUUCAUUUAAGAAGUAACAGAAGAAUAGGUUCUACAUCUAGGAUGUAGCAAAAUAUCCAGUGUUUUUCCUGUUGUAGACAUCGAGAGAAAGCAGCGGCAGGGCAAUUUAUAAAAGUGAGAGGAGCAAAGUAGCAAUCUUUAGACCCAUUUCACAAACAGAUUAAUCCCCUGUGUAACACCAGCACAGCCACGUGACCAAUUUGGCCCACUGAGCAUAUGCUCUCUAAAUUAACCUUCUAAAACUGUCACAAAAAUUUACCAGUGUACACACUAAAUCCUCUGCUAUUGUGCUUUGCUAUGAUGGCGGAUGAGGAGGAGGAUUAAAACAAGAAAAUAAAUUAAUAAUUUAUUUGCCAAUUAAGGGAAAUGUACUCACGUCAGGCAGGCGAGUUAAUAGAAUUUUGUAAGGCAGAAGGAGUCAACAAAGCCAACAUGGAGAACAGUGUGAUUAAUUUUCUCUGGCAUGAUUUACCGUUUAUUUAAACACAUGCUGCUUAAUUGUGUUACCAUCUAGUAGUUUUCAAGGUCUGUUUUUUUUUAAACAAGGCUUACUAAAUUCAUAUCUAAAUAAAUUUUAAUGUUUUCUCCCAGUGUAAGGAUAGCACAGUUAUAUAGGAAGACUCAUAAGGGGGCAUCAGAAAAUGUGGCCCUCCAGAUGUUGCUGGACUCCAACUCCCAUAAGCCACAGCUAAUAUAGCCAGUAGUCAGGGAUGAUGGGAGUCGUAGUCCAGCAGUAUCUGGAGGGCCACAGGUUCCUCACCCCUGAUUUAAAUACAGUGGUACCUUGGGUUAAGAACUUAAUUUGUUCUGGAGGUCCGUUCUUAACCUGAAACUGUUCUUAACCUGAGGUACCACUUUAAGUAAUGGGGCCUCCUGCUGCCGCCACCGCACGAUUUCUGUUCUCAUCCUGAAGCAAAGUUCUUAACCCGAGGUACUAUUUCUGGGUUAGCAGAGUCUGUAACCUGAAGCAUCUAUAACCCGAGAUACCACCGUAAUCCAAAUGCUCGAACCUUCUGCUACAGCCAGAAGCAAUAUAUGAUGCUCUCAGGAAGAAUCUGCUCCCUCCCUAUCUUUCCCCACCACUUUUAAAAAUAAAUAGUUAUUUGAAUCAGGUAAACACAUAGGACAUAAGUCAGCUUGUUCACACUAUGAUCAUCAUGGGAGUCAAUCAGAGGAUGACAUGCAGGGUGGAUGUGGAGUAAUGUGUGGUGAUUAGGGCAGAUAGUUAAACUUCAGGUCAGGUCCAGUCCUGUGGUACAACUUGGUGAGAGCACUGCCUGUUUUUUUUAUCAUGAACUGCCCUUGUAUGCAGUGAUUGCAGAAACACCAUUCCAGGGCUAGAAAAGGGUCUCAAUGACAGAGGAUGGAAACGUGAAAAGUGCUAGCAGGGAUGCUAGUGCCUGAACCACAGAUGGUAUCAGAGGAGGCCAGAUCUCCCCCAGGCAAAUAGAUUGCCCUCUCCACUGUCCCCUAUUGCUGGACUUUUGUGCUUACUACAAAGGAAAAUACUUUUCACAUACUGGGAGCCUGUGUGGUGUCAUGGUUGGAGAGUUGGGUUAAGACCUGAAGCUUGCUGGGCGACCUUGCACCAGUCUCUGCCUCUCAGUCUAACCUACCUCAAAGGGUUGUUGUGGGGAUUAAAAGAGGGCAGGGAGAGCAAUGUAUGCCUCCUUGAGCUCUUUGGAGAAAGAAGUGUGAUAUACAAGAAAUAAAUAAAUUUAGAAAGGUGUGUUCCAUAUGGGAUAAUGAUAGCCCUAAAAACCUGUUUUUUGGGGGGGGGACGACAUAGUGGUGCUGUCAGUUUAGGACUUUGAGGCAACUGUCCAGGGUUCCACUCAGCAGAAUUAGCAAAAUUAACUGCACUAAUAUAGCUCUGAAUGUACAAAUCUAAGGCUCUUUCUCUCAUCAAAACCCUAUUCCUGAAGCCCCAGUAGAACAUCCCUCACCAACAAGAGUUGCUGCUUCACCAGGGAAUGGAGGUGGGAUAGCAGUUACUGUACAUAGGAGCUUGCUGGAUCAGGCCAGUAGCCCAUCUAGUCCAGCAUUCUGUUCUCACAGUGGCCAACCAGAUGCCUGUGGGAAGCUUGCAAUCAGGACCUGAGCACAACAACACAUUCCUCCCUCGUAUGUUUUUCAGCAACUGGUAUUCAGAAGCAUACAGCCUCCAACCUUUGCAUAUAAAAACUGUCCUGCUCCCUUCACUAGCCCUCAGGGUGACCUAAGGAAAAAGAAAUCUGGGGCGGCAAGUAAAAGGUCAGGCUACUUUAAAACCAAGUGUCAGUUUAGUCCAGCAGUCUGUCACUAACAGCAGCCAGCUGCCUCCAGAAUCUCAUAGGCAGGUGAUGGCCUCUUUGUUGGAACAGAAUAUGUAGUUCUGGCGUACUGCAUUGAAAAAGGCUGACCCAUACUGUAUGUUAAAACCACGCUGAUUAAAUGACUUGGGAAGAAUUUUUAUGUGAAUCCAUUGUGACUUUUAUCAAAUAUCAAUUUCCAUUACUAAUGUAGGAUGGAGGGAAAGUGCACAGUUGUAGGUGGUAUUCAUUCCCUUUUUAGAUGUAAUUUGUGCAUAGCAUAGAGCUUUGUCUGCAUCUGGUACACAGCUGAGUUCAUAGUCUGAUGUUAUUAUAUUUAAAACAACAUUUGCAUAUUUAUUGCAUUUCUGCAGUCAUAUGCUUCCCAGUCAUUUUUCUGAUGUGUCAGUACUCCUGUUCCAACAUGGCUGGCAUCCUAUAAAUAGCAAAGAUUAAAAGCAAAAGCGCUGUUUUGUUGGAAUAGGGCCUCUGACAUCAAAUAAGCAUGUCGGUGUUUAAGCUGCAACAGAAAAGCACGAUCUGAAAGGAUGAAAAGGGAAUGAUCUGGCAAGCCUGGUAGAAAUCAAUCCUCAAAAUGUUCUCUAAACUAGGGGAUAGCUAAGGACACAGAAGUAAAAGAAGAAAUUUACUUUUUAAACAUGUAGAUUUAAAUGGAUGGCUUUGUUACAUGCAGUAUGUUAGGGUUCUAAACACACCAAAGGCUCAUACCAUGGGUCUUCAAAGAAUUCUGAUGAUUUUGAAGAAGUUGCAGAGAGAAAACAGUUUUGUAUGUGUUAAGUUGUGGGUGAACAUAUCAGACGACACAGUGAUUCUUCAAACAGCUCUUGUUUAUUCACAGGCCAGAACAGAACUGAACUGAAGGGUUCAGUCAGCCUGCUUAUAUAGAGCUCCAGUACAACGUAACUGUAACAAUUUUCUAAAACUAUCCAAUCACUUUCGAUCCCUUAUUUUUAUAACUAUCUACAUUGUCCCCUACUGGCCCAGGGUGAGAACUUCAGUACAUAACAGUAUGAGCUUCCUGAUACUGGGGUUCAGAGGAUGCAAAGAUUCAGCUUUACUCAUUCUUGCUCCGUUGAGGAAGCAUAAUACUGCUGCUGAUGUUAGCUCAGUCCAGGACUAGGACUAGCCCUGUCUAGGAUGAUUGACAGAGUAGCAACAUAGACCCCAUCUGCCCUAUCCAUUUAAAGCUAUAUCAUACCACUUUAACCAGUCACAUCUUCCCCCAAAGAAUACUGGGAACUGUAGUUAGUUAAGGGCGCCAGUAGUUGUUAGGAGACCCCUGUUUUCAGUAAGUCACAAUUCCCAGAGCGGUUUGACAGUCAAUCCCUCUUCCCAGGGAAUUCUGGGGAUUUCAGCAUCCCCCAGUUUUCUGACGUUCCACCUAUAACCUUUCUACACAACUGUAAGCUCAUUUUAAAAAUAAAUAAGAUUUUCAGGAUGAUGCAGGAUUCACUGCCUGUUUCCAAAGUUCUGUCCUUAUAUAGAAUUGUAAAAUACAAGUGACCCAAGGCAUAAGUAAUAACAAAAUAAUCAGUUACAUCAAAUUUGCAGUUGCUGCUGAGAACUCUUGACAUAUUUUCCACUUCUGUUCAUUCUCCUUAUGUAAUUUCAACCAAAACCUCAGACAUUUAAAUUUGUUGGAAGAGGGGAAUGAUCAAUUGUAUUACUAGCAACAUAAAAACAUUAUUUCUGAAUGCCAUGAGAAGAAUGAUACAGGCCUUAAAUCAGUCAUACUAGGAUUCCAUGUUUUGUGGCUUAUCUCUUUCUGAUGAAUAGUGGAAGUUCCUCUGCCUCCAAAUGAACAUUCAUCAGGAUUGCCAAGCAUUUAAUACUGUUUUGUUAUGGAAUUUAGGCAGUUUUGGGCAUGAUAAAGAACCAAAUAUAUUUUGGCUGUGCUGUAUGUUUUUAAUAUAUUGUCAUUACUAUUUUUUACACUUGCUUUUUCUGUUUUCCUGUUUCAGGCCUAACAAACCAUUGAACUGGACCAGUGAUUACAGCAGUAUGAGUGACUCUCAGUUCCUUUUUGGCUCCCAGUUCUGCCCAGAGAAUUCACAGUCAUCACUGACCCCACUUGAAUUGAGACAAGAAAAAAGUUCACAGCAAAAUUCUCAGGAUGUGAGUCUGAUGUGUAAUUUUCUAUGCUGGUAAUUUUCUGCCUUUGGGGAAUUAGUAAAAAUUGGACAUUAUAUAGAGUUUGUUAUUACAUUGCUUCCUGCAGAAGCUCUAUGCGGCAUAUUAACCUCACAACAAACGUGGCUGUGUAACCCAUGACAAUUUAUUUCUAGAACCAAUGGAGUCUGAAUCUAUGUAGUCCACAUGCAAUCUAGAUCUAUUGCAUAUUUUUUACCCCCUGAAAGACACCUCUUGAGAAACUAUUUUCCUUCUGAAAAUAAAAGCUCAUGGCAAAUUGAUUUUGCUUUACCUCACAAUACAUCCAUCCCAGAAAAAGGGUGCAUUUUUAAGUUCAGAAUAGAGUAGUUGUUUUGGAAGACGAUAAUCAGGCAUCCACACAACAUGACCAGUCCAACGAAGUUGAUGUUGAAGAAUCAUUGCUUCAACACUGGUGAUCUUUGCUUCUUCCAGUACACUGAUAUUAGUUCGCCUGUCUUCCCAAGUGAUGUGUGAAAUUUUUCGGAGACACCGUUGAUGGAAUCUUUCAAGGAGUUGGAGAUGGCAUUUAUAAGUGGUCCAUGUUUCACAAGCAUAUAGUAAAGUUGGUAGUACAAUAGCUUUGUAAACAAGCAUUUUGGUUUUCCUGUGAAUGUCCUGGUCCUCAAACACUCUGCACUUCAAUCAGGAGAAAGCCGCGCUCCGCCCGGAAACCAAUGUCCCCACUGUGGAAGGACAUGUGGAUCCAGAAUUGGCCUCCACAGUCACUUACAGACUCAUUGUUAAAACCGUGUUUAUGGAAGACAAUCUUACUCGGCUACGAGUGAUUGCCAAAAAAGAAGAAGAAGAAGAAGAAGGAUGACUGUAUACCAAUAUCACAAUCACUACUUCCUUCUUCAUUACCUGGGACACAUGCAGGGAGAAAAAGGCAUGGAAUAACUCAAUCAAGGGGAGGGGUUUCAAAUGUGGGAGACUGAGUAAGCUGCUUUGGGGUACAGAAGUGUGGCUAGGACGUGCGGACCAAGGAGAAAGAAGAAGGCCUUAAGAGAUCCUGAUGGACUGGAAAUUUGCUUGAAAGGAAUAAGGUGUUACUAUACUGGUGUUGGGUUAAAAGUGUAAUUGUGUUUUAUUAUCGGUUUUUGAUUAUGUGUCUUCUAAUGCCUUUGCUAACAUGUUUGUUACUUUUCUACAGGGAACUUGUAUAUUGCUGUUUGCUUGUAUAUCUUGGAACAGAUGUCUUGUGGGGUGUGGAUAGUUAAGAGCUUGGGGGAAAAGGCUGUAUGUAGAGACCCUUCUAAUCCCUGGAUCCAGAAAGUGUUGAAAUAUAAGGCAGGUGAUCACCUGGGUGAUGGGCCAUUAAGAGAACAAAGGAAAAGGGCCCUGUGUGAGUUAGCAAAUGGGUGGGGCUCCUCCCUCAACUUGUAGUUAGUUAGAAGGAAAAGGCAGAGAUUACAGUGAUAUGAACUAGACGAAAAAGAAGCAAGCGGGAGAGAGGCAGAACAAUGUUCGAUUUCUGUUUGAAUCCAACGCUAUAGCUAUGAGAGAAACAAGACAAUUUUAGGGUGGUAAUGCUGUGAACCCCUCCAUCAUAGGCCCAGGUUGUAAAUAUGUGUAAAUAAACCAUAUAUCAUAAAGACACUGCAGACAGUCUCAGCUGUGCCUCAUUCCUAAACCCUAGGUGAGUACCUGGAAUCCCUGGAAUUUCACACAGCUCAGAGAUUGGGGUGGUGUGCAAUGCUACAAAAUAGUUGCUUCUCUGAUACAGCUAGAGGCUACUUCUACAUAAAGAAGUAGACUUCUGUAACCAUAUCCUUAAGCUGAUGGGGAAUCACAUGCAGAUAUGAGCUCCAUUGGGAGGAAGGCCAGGCGUCUCCAGCUAAACCCAGUAGUUGGAAGUGUGUGUGUCUGUGUAGCCAUUUUUUGUGCUGUUCUGAAUAGUAUGCCUAUACAACUCAUUCGUCAUUUUUCACUGAAAUCAUGCUUAAAUCAGGGUACAUCCUCAAGGGUCAGAACAAAAAAGAAAUCUAGAGCUCAUCCAAACUUCCACUUUUCUCAACUCUUUCCCUGGGGGAAAAGCUGCUCUUUAGUGCUGAAUUGGAGUAAACAUCAGUGAGGUUUCUGCAGACUGACAUUUGGUCCAAUUUAGUGCUAAAUAACACGUUUUCCCUGGGAGAACAGUGGGGCAAGCAGAAAACUGCCCAGAGCUGUGCUUUCUAGGUACAGGACAAGCGGAAGUAUGGACGAGCCCCUAAUGUUCGAGAUUCAAAAGUACAAUGUGGUCCUUUCUGUUGUCCUGAUACUUUUUGCCCCAUCUGCACUUUGUAAAUGGAUUGUCCUACAUUUUUGAAGAUGAAAGAGAGUAAUCCAGCAGGCUAGGCUUUCUGCUUAAAUUGAAGAUCAAGGGAGUGAGGUUUCCAUUUUCUUCUGCAGUGGUUUGGUGGAUUAAAAGCAGGCCUUUUCUUCCUGAAAUGCCAACAACUCAUAAGAACAUAAGAAGAGCCUGCUAGAUCAGCCCAAUGGCUCAUCUAGUUCAUUAUCCCAUUCGCACAGUGACCAGCCAGAUGCAUAUAGCAAGCCCACAAGCUGAGAGCAACAGCACUCUCCUCUCAUGUACAUGCUUUUUAAAAACGAAUUGGUGGUUUAGAAAAAGGAAGGAAGGAAGGAAGGAAGGAAGGAAGGAAGGAAGGAAGGAAAGAAAGAAGGAAAGAAAGAUGCUUUACUCAAAGUAGUUCUGCCUGGAGAUUCCAAGGGAUUGAGUUGAAGAUGUUUUGCAUCACAAAGCUAUACCCCUUGCUUUCCUUUCCAUUUUUACUGAAUUGUAUUUUAACAUACCAUGUGUUAGCUGCUAUAAAAUCUUUCUGAUUGAACAGUGGAGUAAUUUUAAAAAAAAACAAAUGUACUUUCCUGAAAAAGAGGCUGUGUUUCCUAGUGAAAGUGUAGUUGCUAUAGCCUGGGUGAUGCUUUAUCUGUCUUUCUGUUAAUGCAUGUUAAAUAUUAGCACAUGUUGUCUCUCUUUCUCUCAAAAACAGAAUGAGCCCAGUAUUUUUGCCAAAUACCAAUCUAAACCACAGCUCUUUGCAGGGGAUGGAAAGGAAAAAGGACCAUUUAAUUUUCCAGCUGGAAGAUUCAAAGGUGUCUUGGAGCAAUUUGAAGAGAAUAAGAAAAAGAUCAAGGAAAAACACGAUAAGUAAGCAAACAGCUGUGAAAUCAGUUGACUCUCCCUUCUAUUGAAUACAAUUGUGUAUAAGUCCUACAAGAUUUCCACCCCCCAUAAAUAUCAUUGCAGCUUGGCUAAGAAACUGUUUAGUAGAGAGGUCUCACUCCCACACUGACAGCUGUUGUUGUUUAGUCGUGUCCAACUCUUCGUGACCCCAUGGACCAGAGCACGCCAGGCACUCCUGUCUUCCACUGCCUCCCGCAGUUUGGUCAAACUCAUGCUGGUAGCUUCGAGAACACUAUCCAACCAUCUCAUCCUCUGUCAUCCCCGUCUCCUUGUGCCCUCCAUCUUUCCCAACAUCAGGGGCUUCUCCAGGGAGUCUUCUCUUCUCAUGAGGUGGCCAAAGUAUUGGAGCCUCAGCUUCAGGAUCUGUCCUUCCAGUGAGCACUCAGGGCUGAUUUCCUUAAGAAUGGAUAGGUUUGAUCUUCUUGCAGUCCAUGGGACUCUCAAGAGUCUCCUCCAGCACCAUAAUUCAAAAGCAUCUAUUCUUCGGCGAUCAGCCUUCUUUAUGGUCCAGCUCUCACUUCCAUACAUCAGUACUGGGGAAACCAUAGCUUUAACUAUAUGGACCUUUGUUGACAAGGUGAUGUCUGCUUUUUAAGAUGCUGUCUAGGUUUGUCAUUGCUUUUCUCCCAAGAAGCAGGCGUCUUUUAAUUUCGUGACUGCUGUCCCCAUCUGCAGUGAUCAUGGAGCCCAAGAAAUUAAAAUCUCUCACUGCCUCCAUUUCUUCCCCUUCUAUUUGCCAGGAGGUGAUGGGACCAGUGGCCAUUGUCCUCAUUUUUUUGAUGUUGAGCUUCAAACCAUAUUUUGUGCUCUCCUCUUUCACCUUCAUUAAAGGGUUCUACUGUUAAUGCAACUUCACCACCCUCUCCGCAGCAGAUCACAUUGUGCCCCCAGCAUGGUGCAGACAGAAAGCCAGGAGUGGUCAUGGGCUGCUGUGGCUCAAGAGCCAGUCACUGCAUCUGGCGGAUGCCCAGGGGCAGGACCAGCGGAAGGCCUUCAAAGGGUGCCACCCCUGGCUACAGCAGCUCUCUUCUCUUUCCUGUUGCCUGAAUUGGUGCUUCCAAAUUACUACUAUUUUUGGAUGGGAUCCAAUCACAUACUGGCAAAUUCAGGUUGCACAGUUACAUUUGUAUGAGAGGUCUUGCGCAGCAAACCCACUUCCCUGAAAGAUUGGACUUUUUGCAACAAGUGACGGGAAAACGCACUGGAAAUUGUGAGGUAUCACUUGCUCAAUGCAACAUCAUCUAACCUCCCCCACAAACAAAUCAGGGUUAAUGCUUCCUAAAUAAUCAGUGUCAUCAAGCCUACCCAAAUCAAGAUGAGUACUGAAUAAACAAGUUGUCAGAAAGCAUUCUCAGUGGAAAAGCACUCCUUUUUCAAUAUGGGUUUGGCUUUCCCUCUGUACAUAAAGCAUAAAGAUUGUGCUGUGUAGGCUACUGCUUUCUGUGUUUGUGCUGCUGGAGGAUUUGAUCCCCUGGCUACAAUGAGCCCUAUAAGUGUGUGUGUGUGUGUGUGUGUGUGUGUGUACUCUGAUAGCCAUUAGUGUCCUCAACUGCUACAUGGGCUAGCAGGGAUCUGUCUUAAGUUGCCAUGUGACUUUUGAGAAUUAGAUGGAGCCAUUCAGUAUAUCCAGUCCCUCUGGAAAAAAAUUUUUGCUCUAUAAGACUCACUUUUUCCCUCCUAAAAAGUAAGGGGAAAUGUAUGUGCGUCUUAUGGAGCGAAUGCAGGCUGCGCAGCUAUUCCAGAAGCUAGAACAGCAAGAGGGAUUGCUGCUUUCACCGUGCAGCGAUCCCUCUUGCUGUUCUGGCUUCUGAGAUUCAGAAUAUUUUUUUCCUUGUUUUCCUCCUCCAAAAACUAGGUGCGUCUUGUGGUCUGGUGCGUCUUAUAGAGCGAAAAAUACGGUAUAUAUUGUGGACAUGCCCUAAAACAAUGAGAACAUAAGAAGAAGAAUUGUGGACAUGUCCUAAAACAAUGAGAACAUAAGAAGAAGAGCUCCUGGGUCAGGCAUGUGACCCAUCUGGUCUAGCAUCUUGUUCUCACAGUGGCCAACCAGAUGUCUAUGGGAAGCCCAUAAGAUUCUAAGCAAGUGGCAUUCAGAGGGAUACGACUUCAAACUCUGGAGGUGGAAGGGUGCUAAGGACGAUCAUUUCCAGAGUACAGUCGUACCUUGGAUCCCGAACGCCCUGGAACUUAGACAUUUUGGCUCCCGAAUGCCGCAAACCCACAAAUGAUUGUUCUGGUUUGCAAAUGUUCUUUUGGAACCCGAGGGUCCAACGUGGCUUCCAUGGCUUCUGAUUGGCUGCAGGAGCUUCCUGCAGCCAAUCGGAAGCUCUGAUUUCUUUUUCAAACAUUUUGGAAGUCAAACAGACUUCCGGAAUGGAUUCCAUUCGACUUCCAAGGUACGACUGUAUAGUGAGCUUAAUCUCAGGGUCAUGGGUUUGAGCCCCACGUUAGGCAAAAGAUUCCUGCAUCGCAGGGAGUUGGACUAGAUGACCCUUGUGGUCCCUUUCAGCUCUACAGUUCUAUGAUAAUAUGUCCUGCACAGCACCAUCCAAACACAAGUGUAUAUUAGUCUGAACAGGGAAUUGGCUAUAUAGCAGAUCCUCUCAAGGGAAAAAUGAGAGUGUACAAUGUUUGCCUUCGCCUAAUAGGCAUUAACUUUCCAUCUGCUCUUUGUCAGGAGGAGAGGAGUCUGUCUUGUCAAGUUCCAUUCGAGUGAAUUUCGGGGGCAGGGAGGAAUUUUCUAACAAAAAAAUGCAGAGGAAAUGCCUUAUGGCUGAACAAAAGCACUGCUACACUAGUCUUUACGUUUUGAUUAAAAGUAGGCCAUGAUUAGAAUGACUGGUAUGUUUUGAGGGAAUGAAUGUGUUUUUAAAAUGUAUACCUUUAUCAUAUAAACAAGCAUUUUAGAGCUGUGUGUUCUACUGAUAUUGCAGCCUCCCUAUGGCAUUCUUUAAUACACGCUUUGUUAGUAAGAGAGGAUUAGGAUGGACCCUAAGAAAAACCACAGAAGUUUUUCCUCCCUUCAGCAAGCUAUGUAAUAACUUCAGAACCAAGUGUGAGGGAUUUUAAUGAUUUCCCCCCCUGUGGAGUGAUGAAUAAUUCCAAUUUGGUACAUAUUAUGUUCAGAAAAAAAGAUGCGAGAAAAAUAUGAAAAAACGUGUUUGUGUGUUCUUGUAGGAAAGCUGUAUUUUGAUGGAAAGACUUCAGGCAAUUGUAGUUGCUCAAAUGAUUAUCUCUCCUCUGACAAAAUACAUUGAAAAGCUUCUGAUAAGACAACCAUUGAAAAUCUAUUGGGAAACAUUAUCCACAAGCAAAUUAAAAGCAAGAUUGACAGCCAUCUGAUUUUAUAAACAUUUAGAGACAAUUCUAAAUGCAGAUUUAUUGUAUUAGAAAACAACCUUACGCAAUUUCUUCUUGUUCUGUCAUAAUCCUCUUACCCAAAGCAUCAUCCCUUAUCAUUAUCAUCUACAUCUGCAGAGAAUUGUUGCCUUUGAGCUUUGUCCUCUCAAUGUAGGGUUCCCUUUUUGUUUCUCUGAGCCCACAUAUAAUGCAAGAGCCAUUAUUUUCCCCCUACAUGUGGCAAGUUCUAACAUAUGCUUGACCACUUUCGAUUGGAUUUCACGCGGGCAAUUCUCAUCUACCAUUCCUGCUAUCUGAAGUUACGUGUCUUGUUCAUUAUCACCCCACCUCCUACCUUUCAGGUUUCCCCCCACUUCAGCUACUGAUCUUGUUGCUGCUUGCAGAGCUUGUGCCUAUAUACCUCUCUAUUGCUUUGUCAGCAACCAGGGCUCAGCAGAAGGAAGUCUCUGUGAGGCCACGCCUCUUUUAUGGCACAUGCCGCACAGAGCAGCAUUGCAAAGGUUAACUUGAGUGCUAGCCCUUUGCCAUGGUGUAACAAAUACAAGUCUGGAACUGUAUUUGGCAUCUCUCAAUUGCUCCUGUUGAAGAUGUUGUUCUUUCUUAAUCAGGGACAGGGAACUGGCAGCCCAUGGACCAGACGUGGCCUGUGGCAUCUUUGGAUCCUACUCACAGCCUCAAUUCCCGUUGCGCCCAAUUAAAGCUUCUCUCCUCCCCCAAGCCUAACAACUGUGUAGAUGGGGGUGAAGUUUGUAGAGGGGGGAAAUGCAGCUGGAGAAGAAAAGGUUAACCUUCUAAUGCACACUGCAGCCUUAUCCCCCAAAUGCUUCCUCUCCUGUCCCCCCCCCCAAGGAAGAAGGUGAUUAAGAUUAUAUGUCAUUUUAAAUGUGUUUGUGGGAGAGAGGGUUGUGGAGGUCCCCCCCCUUUUUGUUCUUGUUUUUAUUAUGAAUUUUGUGUUUCUUCAUUUUGUGUUUUAUGCUGUGAAGCAGCCUGAGCUCUUUGGAUGAAGGGUGGUUGGUUGGUUGGUUGGUUGGAUGGAUGAUAGAUAGAGAGAUAGAUAGAUAGAUAGAUAGAUAGAUAGAUAGAUAGAUGAUAGAUAGAUAGAUAGAUAGAUAGAUAGAUAGAUAGAUGCUGGCCUUCUGCUCUGGCACUGAGCAACACAAAGGAGGACAUUUAAUUUAAGUCAGUAGUCUUCAACCUUUCCUGACCCAAGACCCUCUUUUAACCCAAACAAGGAUUUGGGAACCCAGGCCUUUCUUUUUAAUAAUAUAUUUGUGUGGUGGCAGUGCUGCUGUUGUGACUCACACCCAGUAAGUAGUGGGUCCCAGCACCCCAGUUGAAAGCCAGUGGACUCCCCUUGUGGGAACACUGUCCCUUUAACUGGGUUGUGCCUAGUAAGUGCAUCAUGUGAGACUAGAAGGCCCCACUGGGUAGCAGAAUGAUUAAGCAACAGGUAAGCUAUGGCUUUCUAUAACAGAGGCUCCUCAUCUUGUAAAUAGUUAAUAAAGUUUAUCAAAUGUCUAUGGACACCCUGUAUUCUGCAAGUUAUUAAUCUAAGAAUAACACACCUCUCUUCUCUACAAGAAUUCUGUAUUCAAAUGGUACAGCCCCUACACAAAAAUAAUAUCCGGCGUAAAAUUAUUAUAGAUCUGCAACUUUGUUUUGAUGGUUUUGUGUAAAAUCGAAUGGUUUUUUUUUUUACAACAUUGUUUUUAUCUUGGGUUUUCAAACCUUUUGCCUUCUAAUUUCCAAAUUUAAUGUUCAUCCUAGUUUAUUGACAAGUUCACUGUGUGGUAUGAGUUUAUCUAGAGUUCAGUUAAAGUAGAAGAAACUUGGUUGUGUUGAGUAUCACGGUUCUGUUUUGCUUGCUCUUCACAAAUCACCACAACUUUGUUCCUUACGGCCGCUAUUGGGAAGUUGCCAAAAAGUGCUUCUAAAUUAAAAUUAAUUGGAGUGCUUGUCCUCUAGGAACACAGUCCAAAAAAGCUUUCUGUGGGCUUGGAGGAGAAAUUUUCCACUGCAUCAGUUUGAGGUACUGAAAAGGCAAGCAGCUUUUCAGUUUAUAGUUUACAAAGUAAGUUCCUGCAUCUGGAAACAUCAAAGAAACCUCCAACCUUAUUUUCCCUGAAGUCUUGAGGACUGUAUGAAACUGCAUCAAGGACCAUUGCUGGUCCUCAGACCGCAGGUUAAGAACUAUAUACUUGAAUGAAAUAUUGGGGGUAAGAUGUGGUGCACGCACACCUUUUGAAUGGCACUGUCCAUAAACUGGGGGAAGGAGCAGUCCCCUCAAACAUUUUAUUGGGAGAGCCGAAGCCCCCGAAGCCCCUAGUGUGGUGAGCCAGUGUGGUGUAGUGGUUAAGAGCGGUAGUCUCGUAAUCUGGGGAACCGGGUUCGCUUCCCCGCUCCUCCACAUACAGCUGCUGGGUGACCUUGGGCUAGUCACACUUCUUUGAAGUCUCUCAGCCCCACUCACCUCACAGAGUGUUUGUUGUGGGAGAGGAAGGGAAAGGAGAAUGUUAGCCGCUUUGAGACUCCUUCGGGUAGUGAUAAAGCGGGAUAUCAAAUCCAAACUCUUCUUCUUCUAGGAGUUAGUUCCUAUACUCCAGGCACCUUCAUUAUAUGACUUUCAGAUGCUGCUGCUGAUAAUACACCCCUUUACCCAGGCUUUUGACAUUUGAGGUGUAUGUUAUUAAGGCCCCCUUAUUUUUAUGGUUAUAAAUUGCUUUUAAUAUUGUGCUUUAAUACUGUAACCUGCCCUGAGACCUCAGAGUGAAGGCCCAUUAGGCCAGCUUUGCAACUCUGCUUCCCUUGUGUAGGUUACUUUCUGCUAGAGAGAGAACUGCAAGGCAAAACAAUGCAGAGCCUGCCAAGUUAGCGCUAAUCUAAUUUGAUAUCUUUACAUGACACCUAUCCAUGGUGUCAGUAACGUGACUUCUUGUUGAACCUCUUGAUGACAUGUUGUCUCCCACUCCACCCCACCCCACAUGGAAGACUUCCACAGGUGAAUAGGAGUUGGAUAUAAUGCAUUGAGAAAGCUCAUUUCCCAUAGUAAUAAUUGCAACCUUCUUGUAAAAGGUCAAUAUACAGUAGUAAUUUUGUUGCAUUGUAUUCCUGUCAGUUGAAAUAUUAAGCAGGACUUUCUCCUCUGUAAUUUCUGUGUGCCCACGCAAUCAUAGGUGAUCAGACAUUUCCUUUGUUUUGAGACAUUCUAAGACUGGGUUCACCACAAUGCUAAACAGGCCCCUGUUUUCCCUUUGUGAUGUUUUCUCUGUGACAAACAUAGCUUCAUUUCAUAUACAGUGGUACCUCGGGCUACAGACGCUUCAGGUUACAGACUCCGCUAACCCAGAAAUAGUGCUUCAGGUUAAGAACUUUGCUUCAGGACGAGAACAGAAAUCGCAUGGCGGCAGCGGGAGGCCUCAUUAGCUAAAGUGGUACCUCAGGUUAAGAACAGUUUCAGGUUAAGAACGGACCUCCAGAACGAAUUAAGUUCUUAACCAGAGGUACCACUGUAUUCUAGUGCUCAUGCCAUUUCAUGCAUAUUCUAAGUGUUGUAAAUGUUUUAAUUCUCACCUAUGCUUCUGCCUCUUCUCCUGCUGUACAAUUCUUGAAAGAGAACAUACCUUUAAGCUUUAUUUUAAAAAGGACAAUGAAAAGCAUGACAGCAUUGCUGCCACUAGCAAUAUCUCCCUCUCCUUGUUUAAUGAAUGCCAGAUACUGCGGUGGAUUAACACUAACUCUUUUAUUGUCUAAAAGUGACUAUACAGCAGACCUAACAAACUCAUGAAUGCAGACCUUUCGUGUACCUUGUAAGUCCUUUAGUCUUGGCUCUAGUUUCACUUUUCAUGCCAUACCAAUAAGGCAUUGCCUUUCUGUUCAGUAUCACAGUUCCCCUCCUUUGAGUUAUAAACUGUCCUGAAUCAAAGGAGUGAGCUAAAGAACAAAUCAUGAACACCUAUUAACAGUCUGUUUUUUGUUAUUUUACCCUGGGGUCAUGAGUAGACUAUCUGUCACUCCUAACACCUGCUAGCUGAGGAAUGAUGUCAUCCGUGGUGGGAAAAAUGUAGUUUUCUCUUUUUUAUGGUUUUAACCAGCUGUUUCAACUCCACACACAUAUGUAGGUACUAUCCUUUUUUGGAACUGGCACCUCGCGUGCACAAGUCAGUGAGUUCCACAUCGAACCAUCUUCUCUAGUUCAGCUGGUACCUUGGGAAGCAACAGGGUUGAUAUUCUAUGUGGGCUGCAUAGGGUACAGUUCCUUCCUCACGUCUUACCUUUAUUGAUAUAGUCUUCAAAAUUCCUAUCCCAUUGUGAGGCUCUGCAAAGUGUUAUUCUCAGCCACACACCAGGCCCAUUGUUGUAGCUCUGACAUGUCUCAAAAGAUUAUUGGUCUCAGCUUGGAGCACAUAUAUUUUAAAGGGUGCAAUCUCUACCUCUGUAUUGAGUUUCUAGCCAUGAAAUAUUCUGCACAGUUUGGAUUCUGUCUUCCAGAGCUAGCGAGCACUGUGAAAGCGUGCUGGAGACAGGGUGGAUUGUACAAACUUCUUCAGACAGACUCUGGAAUCACACUUGCAUCAGCUCCAGUAUGUCAGCACAAUGCCAUUAAUUUGCAGUGACACCUCCCAUGGCCUCAGUAGAUUUCCUUGGUUUCGGUUUUGUUUGUUGAAAGCAGGCCCUUUCGUGAAUAUGGUUCAUCUUUGCCACUCAUCAAUUUUCCGCAAGACUAGGAGCAAAUGAAAAAGAUUUCAAUAAAUGUUGUGCCUGUGGGCACAAAUUAGGGCAUAUUGACUAUAAUACUGAUUUUUUUUGUUAUUGUUUACUUGUCUCUGUAGUUCCAUAAUCACUCAAAAACUAAUAAUAAUGAUGAUGAUAAAUCAUUUUAAAAAAACAGCUUGAGGAGCAAAAUUUAUUAUUAUUAUUAUUUUAAAUAGGGAGCAUAUCUAGAUUUCUUCUACUUCUGUAGUAAGUUUUGCAGCAAUACCAGUAAUGAGAGAGCAGUGGUUUCUCAUCUGGCCAUCCAGCAGGCCUUCUAAAAUAAAAAUCAUUUGGUGGAAAGAAUCUUGCCAUUUUAGCUUUGUUCCCUUGUUGAGCUGUGCAGAAAUCUGUGUUCCUCACUGGAUUCUCUGUGGAGUGUUCCUGAUUCCUCACAUGUUUAGUGAAUGUAGCAGCUCCCCACACUUCUCCCUCAGCCCUCCUACCAUAUCCUGCUUUGUGCUUCCUAUGCUAGCCGGCUGCCCUGGGGUUAAGUGGAGGAUGUUGUCUUAUUGCCAAAGCUGAAGUAAGGUCACCUGCCAGAUGGUCAGAUUCUGUAUGUGGAAAAUUUAGGAGGCACCACCUUGUCCUUUGGCUCCUGCAGCAAAAUGAUCUAGGAUGGCCCCAAGUCUCCACAAAUUCUGAAUGUGUGUGAACUGCAACUGGUACUUUGUGGCUUUUUAUUAGCCAGUGCACACAGAUGUAAAAUGGUACAUACAACAAUACUUUACAUUGUCAAGAUGGUACAACCUUUCUUAGAAACAUUUCUCCCCCCUCCCCCGGUUUUUUAUUUGUAACUAUCUCUGCCAUAGUUUCACCAAAUACAGUGGUACCUUGGGUUACAUACGCUUCAGGUUACAGACUCUGCUAACGCAGAAAUACUACCUGGGGUUAAGAACUUUGCUUCAGGAUGAGAACAGAAAUUGUGCUCCGGCGGCGCAGCGGCAGCGGGAGGCCCCAUUAGCUAAAGUGGUACCUCAGGUUAAGAACAGUUUCAGGUUAAGAAUGGACCUCCGGAACGAAUUAAGUACAUAACCAGAGGUACCACUGUAUGAGUGUCCUUCAUUCACCCAGGUAAGGGCUCCCAAGCCACAAUCUCAAUCUUUUCCUCUGCAUUUGUCACCUACCUAGAAGGAAUACCUCCCAGACACAUUCUCCAGUUCACUUUUCAUUUGUUAUUCCUUCACUCCCUCGGGUUGCUGGCACCGUUUUCAAAUGUUUCCUCUUCCACAAACCUACCAUGUCCUCUCCCCCCCCCCCAUUUUCUUUUUUCCCAUCAUCAGAUCUUAGCAGGUAAAACUGACUUGUUGAAACAAGCUCUCCUACAAUUACUAGAACCCCUGAUUUAGCACUUGCCAUCUGUCAGCAUUUCAGAAAAACAAGUUCACUGGGGAUUCUUGCUAAUGGAAUUUACUUGACUAUAGAGGUGAAAGUUCCACGGAGAUAAAUACUUAAAUGAGGAAUUAAAAUGUGUUAAAUCUACAUUUUGCUGUGUGGUGCAUGCUGUCUCGUGAGAUUAUCUUGGCUUUUCCCUGUAUUUGCAUUUGACUAAUUUGCAAUCAAAUUCUGUGGUUUUUUUGUGUAUCUCCCAUUCAGCGAGCUUUUAAACACCUUUAUUUUGAACACUAAAGAGAGUCUUCAAAGGGUAAGUGAAUCCAAAUUAUAAGCUGGAAGCAGGGGUGGGAAAUAUUUCAUGCAUUUCUCCUAUUUUCUAAUUAAUAGAGCAUUUGCCUUUUGUCAUGCCCUAUGAUAAAAUAUAAUUGAACCUUUGGUUUGAAUGCUUGUCGAUUCAGCUGGAAACACUGACUAUACUGAAAACACCAUAAGGGAAAUGAAUAAAUAUUAAGUCUUUCACAAAACUAUUUAUUUUGCAGCUGCACUUUUCCUUAGAUAAGUUUGAAGAAACUCUGAAAUCUAUUUUGGAUGGCUUCGGAAGCUUUUCUAAGUCAAGUAAGUACUUGGACUAUUUCUAUUCCCAUCAGAGUGUGGGGGUCAGACUGAUCAUUGCAUCUGCAUCUGUUCAUAGCUACGGGGGACCUUUCCAGGUGCUAUGGUUUUACCUGGGUGAUCAUGAACCAGCCACUAUCACCAUAGGAAAUGCAGUGAUUUACCGUAUUAAUUUCAUCUUUAUCCUAUCCUUCCUCCAAGGAACACAUUUUUAUCCUCAAAAGAACUGUAUCAGAUAGCGACUUGGCAAAAGGUCACCCAGUAAGCCUCAAGGCUGAGCAGGAAUUUGAACACAGGCUCUCCUCUGGCGCUCUAACCACGGUGUGAUCCUGGCUCUCCACUUGUUGUGAAUGACACACUAGUUAUCCACGUCUCUAGUAAAUGACUUUUGUCCCAUGAAAGCAUGACUGUUUGGGGGUCACUUAUUGUGGGAAUAGUUUUACAGUGGUAUCUCGGGUCACAGACACUUCAGGUUACAAAUGCUUCAGGUCACAGACUCCGCUAACCCAGAAAUAGUACCUAGGAUUAAGAACUUUGCUUCAGGAUGAGAACAGAAAUCGUGCGGUGGCGGCAGCAGGAGGUUCCAUUAGUUAAAGUGGUACCUCAGGUUAAGAACAGUUUCAGGUUAAGAAUAGACCUCCAGAAUGAAUUAAUUUCUUAACCCGAGGUACCACUGUAUUAGUGUCUUGGAAGGGGGGGUGGGGCAUUGUUUGGUGCACUUAAGGCAUGUUGGCAAAUCUACCCCUCUGCUUAGCUGUGUUAUUUUCAGUCAGAUUACUUUCCCCCAUCUGUCUCCCCUGUGAACCCCAGAAAUUGUGCACCUAUCCUUUCCAUGGUUAGAACACUCACUUAUGAAAAUGAAGGCGCUUUCCCUAUGGAGCCAGCUCAUUUUCCCACACUAAUGCUACCCCAAAUCCCUUUUCACUUAGGUGACUAUGGAAGUGGCGCCUGAGGUGGCUAAUACUAUUAUUAGUCCACUUUAAUUGCCCAAACCUAAAUAUAUGGUAUGCUCUUGAAUCCCUCCUGCAAAAUAGUGACAGCCUAGAGGCACUUUAGAUGCACCAACAGUGGCAAAUUCAGACACGGAAUAGGAGUAUGAAUUCUAGUAUGGCAUGACUAGAAAAUUUGGUUUGAAUAACAUGGAACUAAUUUCCUUUUUUACUGAAGGAGAAAGCGCAGCCAUGAGCUAAGGAUUUACAUAAGGUAGUCCAGGAAGUCUAUCGGCAGGCUGGGAUUUAAAUAUUAAACUCAUAUUGAAGUAUAAUUGAAACACUGGCUACUAUAUUGGAAAAAUUGCUUUGGACAGAGGUGUGUGUGUGUGUGUGUGUGUGUGUGUGUAAAGAACUGCCUGCCAAUCAUUUAAAAGCAAAAUAUGUUAGUAUUGCUUGAAAACUUAGCUAUGUUCCUAUAAGGCAUUGUGAAAUGUAAGUUUUCAUAUAGCAGAACACUUGGCAUCUGCCGUAUUAACAAGCCACAUUUCAGCAGAAUGUUGCAUCAGCCAUGUUCAGCAUAUUGCUUCUUCCAUCUACACCGGUUCAUCUGUACAUAUCUGGUUGCCAAUAAACACUGCUGCUCGAUUGGGAUCACAGUGAUGGUUAAUUAUCUUCCUACCAUUAAGUAACUGCAGUGGAGUCUUGGAAGGAUAUCAGUUAAAUGUGUUCCCUUUGAAAUCCAAGUCUCUCACCUCCUGCAUCUGGUGCAAAAAGAUGAGAAAGUUUUCCUCCAAGUGACAGGCAUUUUGCAGACUGCAGCUGUCAGCGUGUGCCUCUGGGAGAAUAUUGUAUAUAUUAUAUGUUAUUGGUAGAUAGGGAAAGCAGCAGGAAUUGGGUCGAUGUAUUAGACUUCCCAGUGUAUCAAAUGGGCAAUGCCCUAGUCUCUAGCUGUUGUGAAUAUAGGGAGUUUGUUUUGAGAAUGUGGCCUCAUGUGAAGAAGGCAAUGGCUUAGCUCAUUUUAAGCUCAUUAUUUAGAGUUGUGCUGCUCAUAACUAAGCUGUUACUCCUUUUCCUUUUUUGCCUGGCUGUGCAGUUCGUCAGCUGGGGAGGGCGGGGAAUUUUCAUAGACAUGUAUGCCAUUGAUUUAGCACAGUAGGAUCCAAAAACAUUUAAUGUAAUAAUGACUUCAGGAGAAAUCUCAGCUUUCCUGCUGCUUGGCAGUUUUUUCACUGGCAGAUGUUAGAAUGAAACCUUCCACAUGUUUAUUCCAUCACCAUCCAUUGUCUUGCCAUGUGGUUCCUCCUGGCCAUAGCCCCAGACAGCUUUAGGUGUUCUAGAUGAGGCAUUAAAACUGCACACAAACUCAGCUAAGGGAAUGUCACCUAAACUCAACUUUGGGAACUUCACAGCUAAGUGGCUCAUCCCAAUGGGAACUUGCAUAGCGAGGCCCUGGGCCCCGCAGUUCCCUUAGCUAACAAACACACAGACACAAAUGUUUAGGUUAAUGGGAUAAAAUAGACCACAACUUUAUUGGUUACAGAUGUGAGUGGUUUGGCUUAGGCAUUGGGUGAAACCAGACUAUAUCCUGACUCCUGCCCAUCUGCAGGGAGUCUCAUAAGGGUAAACCACCGGUAGGGGGAGCCCUAUUAUAUACAUCAAAUCGGGGCAACCUCAGGGUCCCAGUGGGGUCGUGCCAUGGCCCUAGCCCAUGGUCAAGCUUUGGACAGGAACCACACACCCCAGUUCCCUUUAACGGGGUACCCUUAAUGUGAAGGGGCAGGUGGAGGCCACCACCUCCCCUCCCAUAAACAAGGCUUACCCAAUGCCUAACCUUACAAAGUUGUGACAGUUGCUACAAGGUAGGCAAAAACCAAUUUGCUGGUGCCAAUUUGCCAAGCGGAAAAAUUCCUACCUGGCCCCAACAAUAUGGCAGCCGGCCUUAGUCCAUAGCAAGGCCGCUGUCAAGCAACACAUAAACGCAAGGAGGUGAAAGGAGGCCAUGCUGCUGUUGAAAGUGCUAGUGGCCAUGCCCCCUGGCUAUCCUGAUUGGUCAGCCGGGGGGGGCGUCACGUGGCUGGGAGUCCCUAUGACGUGGGUGGCAUCCCUCCAUCCACAGCCAGGUCACUGGGAGGUCUCGACCCUCCUGCAAUACCACCCCCCGGGGGAAGGGGAGCAGAUUUAACAUCACCUAUUUCCAUAGCUUGUUGGUGCCCCCAUACUCAGCUGCACAGCAGCACCCUCCCCACCAUUGCAUCUUUAUUUAAGAAUUCAUGUGCUGCCCUUCAGCAGGGGAAAAAACGCAUAUUUUCAGGGCAACUUACAAAUAAAACAAUGAGCUGCCAAAUAAAAUACAUUGUGAAACAACAAUAUUAUUUUUAAAACAGCAGAUAAAAGUAGCAUAAUGUACCAGAGAUAAAACUAAGAUUAAAAGGCCUAGGGAAAAUAUAUUCACCUUUGCUUCCAAAUAUCCCCUAGUAGUGAGCAAUUUAAGCAUAUAUGCUGAAAUUCUGCUAUGAAAAGAAACCAUCUCUCAUCUGCUGCUUCACAGAAGUGCUGACCUAAAGGUCAGGUGUACCUUUCAAAGAGGACUCAGCAGAGCAAGCCCAGAUUCUCCUUUGUGUAAUGCUUUUGACUUGACAUACAUAACAGCAAAAUGAAGCACUGACCAAGCUGUCUGUUUUACAUUUCCUUGCAGGCUUCAGGUCAGCUGUCCACUUAAAACAGACUACUAGCAAAUUUAUUUUAUUGAGCUAAUGUUUGCUGGGGCACCCUGUUUUUCCUUAAACCCCUCGCCCACUCAGUUUCAAAAGAGUUGGAAAAAUUGCUCCCAUGAAGAGUAGGGGGUGUUGCUGUCUGAAACCCCUAGGCAAGUGAGCACAGUUAAAACAUCUAUAUCUCAUCUGUCCAAACUCAAGGCAACUUUUCGCAUUUGUAUUAUGAACAAAUUGUGCAAAUUAUUCUAACCAGUAAAACAAACAAAACAUUAAAACCGUUAAUGUUAACAUUCUAAACAUUUGUUUUGCAUAACAGAGUCUGCCUUCCUUUUUAGUUUUAUACAGUAUAACAUAAAUGCAAAAGCUACCAGAGCCUUUCAGGCUCUUUCUGCCUCCACUGUUUGGAGGCAGUAUGCAUCUGAAUGCCAGUUGCUCAAAAGUGGGGAGGGGGUUGUUGCCUUCAGGUUGUGCUUGCAGGCUUCUCAUAGGCAUCUCUUUGGCUGCUGUGAGAACAGAAUGCUGCCUAAAGGGGGGCCCUAUCUAUAGGACAGCUAAACUGGUGUCAUGGUGCUGAAGGACCAUAUUUCUGAUGGUUGGAAUUCCCACUCACUAUUACUGAAUGGGCUCUGCAUUGGUACCAUCUUUAACAUCAGAUUGCUGGGUUUACCACCAAAUAAUUUAUUCUCUGAAGAUUUUGAGUUAUACUGAUUUGUUUCGAGUGUGCAGUUUCUAAAUAUAUGGUAAGCUAACACAAUGUGGAGAACGUCUGACAUGCAAUUUAGAACCGGCUUGUUAUUUACUAGCUUUCUUAGCGAGCAGUUAGAUAGAAACUCGCAUGUUCCCCCAAUUGUUUUCUCCCAGCUUGUAACACUGGCGUGUGUGCAUUGCUAGUGCCAAAGUGCACAUGCACCCUAGAGAAUUGUGCCCCAACCAUACCAUAGAGCAGCUUGGAAAUCUAUCUGCUUCCUCCCUUCUGCCAAUACGGAUACUGAGAACAAGUGGAGAUGGGGGAAUGGCUAACCUACAACAUGUCUGCAAGAAACAAUCAAGAGAAUUAAGCCAAAUCUAGAGCAUAUAUUUACCAAACAAAAAGUAGUACGGUUGUGCGGCGAUCUUUGAGAGUCUGAUUGAAAGUAAGAGGCCAACAGUUAAGAACAUCUGUUCAUGCACUUACAAAGUAGGCAGCUUUGCAGUUAACACAGCGUAACAGCAAUCAAUGAGAGCUUCCUUGAGAGUAAAGGGCUUCCUUCAAGAACUUUUGCAUAUAUAUGUACAAAGCAGCCAGAUCAGCUUGACUGCUAAUUCUACAUUUCUCAUAUUUGCAUUUCAAGAAAAAGAAAUUAUUUUGGGGGGUAAACAGCGCACCUGAACAUUACAAACUAGACAAAUUCAAAUCCAUGCCUGAAAUUACAGGCUUCAGCAACAUAUCUGAAUAAUGUAGUAUCUGAAUGAGCACAAAGCAAAAUAAUUGUCACUGAAAUUAUUGUGUAUGAAUGGAGUCAGAGAUUGGACAUUAUUUGACUCUCGAUUAUCUACCCAUCACAGUAAUGGGGUGCUGUGGCAAACAACAACGAUACGAUCGAAGGUGUCAUUAUCCUUGCUAAUGUAGCAUGUCUGAAAAAUUGUUGUAUAUACAUUAGCAAGAAAUGCUUCCCCCUUGAUUGUGACUACCGCAGCUGAUGUGAGGACUCAGAGUAACCCAUUAAAAUAUUUAGAAUUAACUAAUGCAACAUCUACAUAAUUGCAAUGGGCAACAGGUCUGCAGACAGGAGCACAUGGAGGUAUUCCUUGGUGUAAUUCAUAAACAUAGGAAACCUUUCUAAUAAGUAACCAAAGGUAGAUUCAACAAGCCUGAAUGCUGCCUGCUGCUGGGCUAUGGUGACUGGCAGUAGUUCUCCAGGCUUUCAGACAAGAGUUCCUUUCUUAGUCCUACAUGCAGGUGCCAAAGAUUGAGCCUUCCACAUGCAAAACAUGGGCUCCACCACUGAGCUGUAGCCAUUUCUUUAAAGAGAAACACCAGCUUUGAUAUCUAUACAGUGAUACCUCGGGUUACACACGCUUCAGGUUACACACUCCGCUAACCCAGAAAUAGUGCUUCAGGUUAAGAACUUUGCUUCAGGAUAAGAACAGAAAUUGGGCUGCAGCGGCAGCAGGAGGCCCCAUUAGCUAAAGUGGUGCUUCAAGUUAAGAACAGUUUUAGGUUAAGAACGGACCUCCGGAACGAAUUAAGUACUUAACCCGAGGUACCACUGUAUACUGGUGUCAUGUUGCCAAAGAACCGUAUUUCUGAACAUAGGCACCUUUUGGUCCUAAACUGGAUGAACAUCCAAUGGGAUUGUAAUUUCUUAGGUGCUGCACUGUGUUCACAGAUUUUAAAAAGGGAACCCUUAUACUGCCGAUGUCUGACUUCAUAAAGAACAAACAGCAGGUGGCUGGAUGGGUUGCUGUCCAUCAGUGAAACACCUGUGUGGAGAUUUGAUUAAACAGCUCUCCCGAACUAUACAGUUCUAAAGAUGACUUCCAGACUGCUGUGCCUUUUCUCAAGUCAUCUGAAAGCACCCUUUGAGAAACUGACACCGUCUCCACUGUAUGGUGUCACCAGGAGAAUUGCUGAGAAUUACUGUAAAAGUUCAAGAUUCCCAUUAGGACUCUAACCCAAAUAAUACACGAGGCUCGGCAUUCAAAUCCAGUGAAUUACGGAAAUGGAUGGGUUUUUGAGCAAAUAAAUUUAGAAGUCGUGCCCAGGGCACCAAGACUUCACAGGGCUGCUUAAAACUAAUAAGCCCAAAAGUGAUUGUGUUGGCUGUUAGUGGAGAAACUGUCACUUAGCAGUAUUAUUUUUUCUUUGAAAAGGAAAAGAAAGAUAACCCAUCAUCUGCAUUCUGCUUUCAGUCUAUAGCCUUGUGCGGUAAUGUAUUAGCCAUUAAUAAGGAUAACCGCCAUAGAGGGAAAGAGCCUUUUUUAUUUCAGGAAACUUGUCUUAGAUGUAGCAGCCAGGCUUUUAAUGAGGCUUUUGCUUUUUGUCUAGUUUUUGAGCAAGGUUGACUGGGGUCAAGUAAUAUGCUUGGCUGCGACUGUGGCAUCAGUGAUGGAUCUAAAUGUGCUUCUGCCAUGAAAACAGCUAUGGAACAUUUAUGAAAAAUAAUAAUAAUGAGAAAUGAUGGUACUGUAAUAACACAAAAGGAGUUUCUUAUUUAAUCAUAUGUGUUGAUACAGUGCAAGAGUGAUGACCUUUUUGAAAACGGUGGUAAAUUCGAUUCAGUUGAGGAAAUGAUGAAUUGUAAAAUACCCUGAGAUCCACUAGUUUGCCAGAUGGAUUAUAUGAAAGAAGCAGUGUGUAAACAGGAGAUAAUCUUGAAUUUGAUAAGCUGCAAGAUUGACUUUACUGACUUCAGUGAAAUGUUGAAAAGCAUCAACUUUCCUGACAAAAUGUGAAUGCUUAGGAAAAGUGUGGAAUAUAUUAAAAAUGUAAAAUGGGUAUCAUAUAUGAAAACAAAGGUCAGAAUAGAUGUACCACUUCCUGUCUCAUUGGCAUUGGUUAUUAGCUAUACACAUCAGGAGGAAUUCAAUGUUCUACUAAGGCGAUCAUUCUGUUAGAAUCCCUUCUCUCCUUCUGAAGCCCAUUUUGAUGAGUCCCCCUCUCCAGUGUUAACCAGGGUGGCCAAAGCCACCCAUAUCCCCAAAUUAGGCCUGAAACCACAACAAAAGUGGUCUACAUAAUGUUUCAUCAUAGAACAAAAACAAGCACAGCAACACAAAAUUCCAAUAGUUGGCACAAUCUUUUAUUUCCCAUGCUAAGUGUGUGUGUGUGUGUGUGUGUGUGUGUGACUGAAAUAAAUUGAUAAAUUGAUUUCCUCAUUUACUGCACCACCUCUUCCUCUGUUGUCUGUCCUGUGUUGACUAUCCUGUGUAGCCUUUUAGAUUGUAGGCUUCUCUGGCAGGGAGUGUGGUGUAGUGGUUAAAAGCAGUGGACUCAUAAUCUGGUGAACCAGGUUCACCUCCCCGCUCCUCCACAUGCAGCUGCUGGGUGACCUUGGGCCAGUCACACUUCUCUGAAGUCUCUCAGCCCCACUCACCUCACAGAGUGUUUGUUGUGGGGGAGGAAGGGACAGGAGAUUGUUAGCCACUUUGAGACUCCUUAGGGUAGUGAUAAAGUGGGAUAUCAAAUCCAAACUCUUCUUCCUCUUCUUGCUAUACGUAGAAUACAUAGCACUAUAUAAUUAGUCAAUACUAAAAAUUCUCAGGAAAUUAACUACUGUACAAAGUUCUGCACUUUUUUGGCACUUUUUCCAUGCCUGAGUAAAAAUGCAGAAUACACAGAACCCAAAAUAUGUAUACUGAGGCCUGUUAACUACGAUCGAAAUUAUUGCAGAUAGCAGUAGCCGAUUUGAAGUUCUUGGCAGAGGCGCUUCAUGGGCUUUCAGUUAUAGCUAGACCUUGCAUCGGCUGAUGCAUGCUCUAUGUGUUAUGUACCAAAAAUCAAGCAAAUAAUAACCUUGAUGAUGAUGAUGAUGAUAUUUGUAUACCGCCCUUCAUCUGUAGAUCCCAGGGCGGUUCGCAGCAUAAAGAUACAAGAUAAAAACACAAAAUACGUAAUAAAAACAAAACAACCCAUAACCCCACCUCCCCCUUCCCUGACUUCUCUUGUAGCUAAUUCCUUUGUGGAUAUAUCAUUGGCACUGUACACUUACUUCCUGCUUGCAGCAAAUGGGGCUCUGGAUUUUGUGGGAGGGGUGGAAUGUGGUAUGUGGUGGACCAGAUGGGCCUCAAAAGUUCUUUCCAGCUCUGUUAUUCAUAGUGUGGGGUUGUUGUUUUGAUUAACAAGCAUGCGCUAUACAAACUGUACAAAAGUUUUGCCUUUUGAGUGCCACUUUUUUUGAAAAAGCAAGUGGCAUUUCCAAGAACCUUCCACACAUGUCUCAUCUUAGUCAUUGGUAGAACUGUGGCAUGAUGACGUGUAUUGGGUUGGGAUGUGCUGUGAAAAUACCUUGAAUUACUUGGAAUUAUAUGGAAGAGAUUGGGCUAGGGAUCUGUAUGUAUAAAAGAAGAAGCAAGUGGGCUUUAUAACAUUUAUAACAUUUAUAAAAUGAAUCUUCCUUCAUUGCACAUGCCCACUUGGAAGCACCAUUGUGUCAGUUUUAAAUAACACGGUGGUGGUGGUGGUGGAGACUUUUUCUAGUUCUCUUUGUGAAAUGUUGCGCCCACUUCAUAACCCACAGUAUACAAUUUCAUUCCAACCUCGCUGAGAAACACUGAGUGGCAUUUUAUCUUUGACAGAGUAAAUGUGACAGGAUAAAUGUGGUUUGUAUUGAUUUCUGUGUCUAGUGCAAGAAACGUCUCAAUCCUAUUAUGAAUUGGUGCUGAAUGCUCUGAGAGACAAAAAUGAAAUGGAACAAGCAUUACUAGGAGUGGAGAAGAAAAGGCUGGAAAACGUAAGUGUGGAGAUUGUUCUACUUUAUUUAGCUGAACUCUGCCCCUACUUCUCCUUUUCUCUCUUCAGAAAAUGCAGACUAAUUAUCGGAUGGUGCCUUCAGAGACACAUCUGUACAUUUCCUGUAACGAAAUAAUAACCAGCUUUUUAGCUGUAGUGCAUUGUUGUCAGGGACUGUAGUUUGCCACAAACAAGACUCUAAAAUGCCAAAAAAACCCAACACUCAGGUUCACAACCGGCAGAAUAAAUUGGUCCCUCCACCAUUAUUAUAUUUUUCAAAGCAUCACUCGCCGUAUUUUUCGCCCUAUAAGAUGCACCAGACCAUAAGACGCACCUAGUUUUUGGAGGAGGAAAACAAACAAAAAAAUAUUCUGAAUCCCAGAAGCCAGAACAGCAAGAGGAAUCUGGCUUCUGGGAUAGCCCCUUGCUGUUCUGGCUUCUGGGAUAGGUGCGCGAAGCCUCUCCCGGGCACCGAUAUGAAGGCUCCCCCUGCCCGGAAGAGGCUGUGCACAGCUAAGCCAGAAGCCAGGACAGCAAGAGGGAUCGCUGCGCAGCAACCCCUCUUGCUGUCCUGACUUCUGGCUUAGCCGUGUGCAGCCUCUCCCGGGCAGGGGGAUGAAGGCUCCCCCAAGAGCCGUGCUCCCUUUAAAGGGCAGCCCUUCUCCCUCCUUGGGGAAAAGCCCCCAAGAACUGCACACACGCUCCACGGGGCUCCACGGAGCACUGAGGAGAGCCUCCCGCCUGCAUUCGCUCCAUAAGACGCACACACAUUUCCCCUUACUUUUUAGGAGGUGAAAAGUGCGUCUUAUAGAGCGAAAAAUACUGUAUGUGUUGUCUCUUCUUUCAGGCAGUGGGGACUUUUCACAGGGGAACUGCGUAUCCUUGCAACAUUUUUUUCUGGUGAAAAUAGGGGUGUCCUGUUUCAUACCCUCCAACAUUUAUCCUAUGAAAAUAGGGGAAAGCGGGACAUUCUGAGAUCAAAUCAGAAACUGGGACAGCUUCUUUAAAUCCGGGACUGUCCCUGGAAAACAGGGUGGGUCUGGAAUUGACAUAUUUUUCUUGGGAUUGAGUGAAUUUAACAAAAACAAGGAUAUUCAGUUUUAUUAAGAAAGUAGAAACUUCACCUUCAUUAUCGUUUCCCCCUUAAUAAUAAAGAUGCAAGUUCCCUUCUAAGCACACGUUUGAUGAGAAAACAUAAGCUACCAGAGCAGUCCACUCAGAUUUUUGUUAGGGCUCCUCAAGAUAACCUAUCUAUUAAGUAUUCUUCCUGAUUUGCUUGCACAAAGCUUACAUGGAAGUUAGAUUAAAUUGGGUCUUUAUUGCACAUUUGUUCUGAUUUGUUUGCAAGGAAGCUAUAUGACAAUAGGCCUGUGUCCUGAUUUGCUUGUGGAGUGGAACAUCCUUCUAUCAAUCAUGCGUUUUUCCAUACUUUACAAUGCGAAUUUCCCCUGUCACUUUCCCAACGGCUAAAAGUCUUUUAAAAAGUGGAUUUGUUGCACUAAUGUGACAGGGUGCUUUAAUCUACUUGUGCAAAUACUGAAACCCUGGAGGUACCUUUAGUUGUUUGUAGUGUACUCAUGGCCAAAAAUAAUUAGCUGCCUUUGGUAAGAUUGCCCACAUGUAAUUCUUAACUGUUGCAGGUGAGUGGGUGCUUUCAAGCCUAUGAGGAGAAUUGCUCUGUAUGAAAAGGAGGCACCAGGCACAUUCAGAGCAGUGCUGCUAUACUCUUAGCGAUCACCCUCUUGCCUUUGAUUUGCAGAAUAAAUUAUCUUGCCCUGGAAUGCCAAUGCAACACCUCUGAAGUCAGCCUAACAAGGGAUACGGGUUAAUAAGGGUCUCAAGGAUGGAAUUAAUCAACCAGGGUCACAAAGAGCUGUCUCUGUUUCAGAUGUCAGCUUUCAAAACUGUACUAUGCAGGAAUCAAAUAUAUUGAAAAUGUAGCUUUCAGAACCUGGAACUCCUACGAAAAUAAGGAAACUUCUUCAGUCAAAAAAGAGAAGUUAGGAAUGUCAUAAAAUUAAUGAAAUUAGGUGAAUAAUUUGGGAACACUGUUUCACGAAUGAUCAGAGAAAAAGCCAUGACAGGAAUAGAAUGAAUCUAAAAGAAACCAAUGAAGAAUAGGGAUGCUGCAAAAAAAAAAGGGGGGGGGAGAGAAUGAUUUUAACUAAUAUCUACUUCCUUCUAAUAACUGAAAUUUCUACCCCAAUUUCUACCCCAAUAGGUAAAAUAUGCAUGUGAAAUGUCAUUCAGGUCAAUAAAUUAUCGGCUCAGUAAAUUAUUCAGCUGAGUAAAUUAUCAGCACUCGUCCACAUUCAUGAAAGUGAGAGGUAUCAUGAUGGCUAUGUUCUGACUCCAUACUUGGAAGUAAUAAUGCUUCUGAAAAGCAGUUGAGAGGAAGGUUUUCUUGUUCCUGGGUCCUGCUUGUGGGCUUUCCACAGGGAUCUGGUUGGCCACUGUGAGAACAGGAUUCUGGGCUAAUUAGAACAUUGGUUGAUCCAUGCUCCCUUCACUAUUUCUUCGUUUUGUUUUGUUUUGUUUUGUUUUGUUUUGUUUUAGAAUUGAAAGCAUUUCUAUUCUAGAUUGUGAAUUCAUACCGUCUAAUGAUUCUACUCCCCUCAUCACUUUCCACAGAAAGAUACAGAGAUCUCAGAUCUGAAAUCCAGCCUGCAGUCGCUGACGGAGAGUUUGGAGCAGCUCACAGCCCAGCAGAAAGAGCAACACUUGAAGCUCUGUGAGCGGUUGGAACAUCUGCAGCUCCCUAGUCUUCUGGCUGAUUUGCAAACAUUCAUUUCUGCACCCAGAGUACCAAUUCAUAUAAAGGACAGUGUUUCCCAGACUUCCCCAGACAUGAUGUCCAGACAGGUACCUAACAAUUCCCACUCAAGUGAUGCUCCUCCAGGCAGCCUGGUCAUUUCUACUGCCACAGCCUCACAGGGCAAAGAAAAUGCUGACAUUCAGCAGAGCAGCCGUUCUGGGGCUGGGAGCCGUGAUGCUGACCGUCCUCAUUGCACCUGCCGCUCCAGUGCAGACACUGCUGCAGGCAGCCACGAGGAAUGCUUGUUAAAUACUCAAGGACCAAGUCUAUCCACACCACUGAGGAAAGUGAUCAAGAAAGGCAGUCGGGCAAAGGGACUUAACACUCCAAAGCAGCCUCAGCUGAACUGGACUCACAUCGGCAGUGCAGACAGCCACAAAAAUGAGAAGCUGGCCAAAGAGAGCAUGAUACAAAUUAAAGGUGGAGGAAGCAGGAUGAAAAGAGAACCCCCAAAAUAUAGCGAGAGGAAAACACUUUAUUCCUCCAGGAAAGGAGGAAAUCAUUCAAAGGUUACUACUAAUGCCAGACAAGGGUUUUCUAAGUCCAUCAAGUCUCCACACCUUCUGCUCCAAUUCCAUGAAAAUUCACAGAAUAUACCAAAUAUGCCAGUAACAUCCGGAGUUAAAAAGAAAGUGGAUCUUUCUUGUUCAAAAAACAAUAGUUUCUGGGCAGGCUCCUCUCCAGAAAGCUCUUUUUCUGAAAACCAAGUGAGAUGGCUCAAUCUCUCUGAUGAUUACUCAUCUGCUUGUGGUAAACCAGCCCAGCAGAAGACUAGAACAUAUUGCCCGUUAUUUUUUGACAGUGAUUUUUCUGAUUAAGAGUGUUCUCUAAAAGAUGCUUCUUGAAUGUAAUCAUCUUAGUAAUACGUUGUUAUGAAAACCUUUUGUGCAUCACAAGCAGUAAUAUGCUCCUUUCUGCAAAACUCCCAAAAUGCAUCACUAUAACCUUGAGCAAAAUUAUCUAUACCUGGCUUCCUUUAAAAAAAAAAGAUGUAUUGGGCCUAUUAAGAUGUUCCUUAACCAGAUAGAAAACCUGGGGUAAGUCUCAGACUUCCUCAUCCUUUACAAUCUGAUCUCAGGCUGUACCAUAGUCUAAUAAAAGCAGGAACUCUGUUGAACCUGCCUCCCCCCGCAGAAUCCAUCCCCAGAAAGAAUAACUGAUCUCUGCGGUGGCAUUUGGGAGAUAUACUAUGUUCAAACAAAACACAGCAUAGAUCUGCCUUCAUUUUCUUCCCAUGUCAAGGAGAUGGGAGGAGAUUGUACAUGUGCCUGAGACACUUAAAGGGCUGAGACAUCUCAACAGGCCCUUUGAUAUCCUUCUUCUCCCCCCAAAGUGUGUCAUCUAAAAACAGAACAAAAAUCUGUUAUGUGUGUUGUGUCCAAUAAAGCAGUUAUUGUUUACUUCGGGCAGUGCUGGUACAGUAGGUUUGGGCAGGGGAACAGAGUAAAAGAUGUAAUCGCUUUUAUUUCUGAUGUGACCGUUUGAAAGGUGUUAGUUAAGUGUGCAUAAUAAAAGU